AUGGAAUAUGCAGAAAUUCGUCGUUCGUGUGACAAUGUAGUUGAAGAAGAAGAUUAUAUAGACAUGGAAGUAAGUUCAAAUUCAAACAUAUUUUCACAAUUCACAAAUUCCCCUUCUCAAGCUAGAGAAUUUGAAUUCCAAAUGUUUCCAAAUUCUAUUGAUAAAGACACAACAACUUCACCAGCUGAUGAAUUAUUCCAUAAUGGAAAACUUCUCCCACUUCACCUCCCUUUUGGUACAACACAAAUGGUAGAGAAAUUACUUCAAAAUCCUAUUAAACAUGUUCAUGGAACUCGAAAAAACGAUGUUUUUGAUGAGUCUUUUAGUACUCCUUUGUUCACAACCACUACUAAUACUCCUACGAGUAAUAACACUCCAUUUGAAUCAUGUAAUAUCUCUCCCGUUGAGUCUUGUCAAGUUAGCAGGGAACUCAAUCCGGAAGAAUACAUGUUCGAGUAUUCAGCUGAUGCAAACAAUGUAUUUCCAGCAGACGAUGAGAAUACAAAAAGGUCAUGGGCUAAGAAACUCAAGCAAAUAAAGAAUUCCACGUUUGGUUCUAAACUUAAGUCUUCGCGCUCUUAUCUCAAGUCUUUCUUUUCCAAAUCUGGUUGCUCGAACGAGUACUCUGCAGCUGCUUCAAGAAACAUCGAAAAAGGGCCUUUUCCAAUAGCUAAAGAAGGUAAGAAAGAACCAUUUGGGCAAAUUCAUAGAGGUGGUGCAAAUUCAAAAGGGGUCAAAAAAGAAAAUGAUCGCGAUCAAGAUAUCAGAGGUCGACAUAGAAGGUCAUUCUCAGGAGCUAUUAAAAGAUUUUCGACAACUAAAUCAUCUUCGUCUUCAUUUUCAUCGUCAACUUCUGGCUCCUUGUCAGCUUCAAGCUCGAAUAAUUCGAAUGAAUUUCAAGAAAUGCACUUCUUCAAGAGAAACAACAAUUCAUAUUCAGAUAUAGAGAACUCAAUUCAAGCAGCAAUUGCUCAUUGCAAAAACUCUCAGCAAGCUAGAAAGACAAUAACUGACAUUGGAGUUUGUUCAUUGUCAGCUUCUAAAGUGUUCACUGAAGAACAAGAAAGACCUGGACUCUGCAGGGGAUAA